AUGGAGCCUAUUCCAGGUCCGGACUCCGGCUCGGGUCCUUCCGCCGUGAUUCCCGGUCCGAGCGUCGUGACCUGGUCGAAGCUCGCGGGGUGGCGGGUCGAGCUCCCGCCGAACCUACCGGACCUGACGAAGCUUCGUCCGGACAUUGAGAAGCUUCGCCCGGCGCUGGAGGCGCGUGUGCAGCACACGCUGUCGCACGUGCCGUUUCGGGAGCUGCUGGAGGAGAUUCAGCAGUGGAGCAAGGCGCGUGGGGGGAUCGGCGGGUGGGCGGAGGGGGGCGCUCGCGGAUCGCGGCGGUACCCCAACAAGCAGAAGCUGUCGUCCGUGCAAGACUUUUUCCAAUACGCGGAGGCGGAAGGCCGGCUCCUGUUUGCCGACUUGGACAAGAAGGACGGGGACAGGCAGCUAGACAAGGACGGGGACGGGCAGGUGAAGCUGGAGGAUCUCGAAAGAGCGCUCAAGCGCCGCCGCCUGCCAGCAGCGCACGCCCGCCCGCUGCUCCGACGCCUCCGGCGCCACUGGCUGGCUUCUUCCUUCGGGUGGGAGGAGUUCCAGUCGUUCAUGGAGGCCAAAGAACCCGCCAUGCUGAGAGCGUUCACUUCUUUAUGCGUGGGGUCCUCUGGGACGCUCCAAAAAGGACAGGUGCGUGGGCUGUGGCUGGUCAAACGGGUCAACCGGGAGGGAGGAGUUCCAGUCGUUCAUGGAGGCAAAAGAGCCGGCCAUGCUGCGAGCGUUCACCUCUUUAUGCGUGGGCUCGUCUGGGACGCUUCAGAAGGGACAGGCACGCUGCAGAAAGGCCAGGUGAGUGGAGCAUUGGGAGGGAUGGCUCGUGGCGUGGCUGACCUGUGGGAGGAGGGGUGCGUGAAGACUCUGGAGUCAAGAUUAGUUCGGGUGUUCGCGUCACUGGAAAAAGCCGGCCUACCAGCCACAGAGAGCAACGUACGAGCCAUGAUGCGGUUUCUAGACGCGGACGAGUCGGGCCACGUCACCUACGGGGACUUCCGGAACUUUCUGCUGCUGCUGCCGCCCGAACGGCUUCAGGGGAGCGACCCCAGCAUGGUGUGGUACGACGCGGCCACCAUGGUCCCCAUGGCGCCGCCUGCUGCCACGUCAGCGCCAGCUGGCAGCGUGAUCAAAUCCGCGCUGGCGGGCGGGCUGGCCUCGGGAUUGUCGACAUGCCUCAUGCACCCCUUGGAUACCAUCAAGACGCGGGUACAAGCCUCCUCGGCAUCUCUCUCAGAGGUGGUGCGGUCGGUACCAUCCAUCGGCAUACAGGGGCUGUACCGGGGAGCCCCGCCGGCCAUCCUGGGACAGUUUGCGAGCCACGGGUUGCGCACGGGCGCGUACGAAGCUUCCAAGAUGCUUCUGACCAGCAUGCUGCCGAACCUCACAGAGUACCAGGUCCAACCAGUGGCCUCCCUCUGCUCCACUGUGUUGGGCACGGCCCUCCGCAUUCCCUGUGAGGUGCUGAAGCAGCAGCUGCAGGCAGGGCUGUACAGCAGCACGGGGGCGGCGCUCAAGGCGACUCUUAAGGAGGGAGGGGUGAAGGGGCUGUUCCGAGGCACCACUGCCACGCUGUGCCGAGAAGUGCCCUUCUACGUGUUUGGCAUGCUCAUAUACCUGCAAGUCAAGCGGGUCACUCGCCAUGUGCUCCGCAGGGAGCUCGCCCCGUGGGAAACCCUCCUCCUGGGCGGAUUCUCGGGCGGCAUGGCAGCGAUCGCCAUCACGCCAUUCGACGUCAUCAAGACGCGAAUGAUGACGUCGCCGCCCGGGGCGGCAGCGGCCGGCAUGCUGACAGUUGGCGCGAACCUAUUGGCCACGGAGGGGGUGGGGGCGCUGUAUAAGGGCUGGCUGCCGCGGUUCUUCUGGAUUGCUCCGCUUGGAGCGAUGAACUUUGCUGGGUAUGAGCUGGCGAAGCAGGCGAUAGAUGAUGUGGGGGAGGAGGGGAAAGAGGCGUAG